UCAUUUGGCAGAGAGAGCUGCAGUUCAGAGGUGCGUGGGGAUGUGACGGACAGCAGGCAGCUCCUGCAGACUCCACCGCUACUCUCCAUCAUGAUCAACACUUACCACACCAGCGUGGCCCCACCGCCGGUGCCUCCGCGCCACAGCGGGUCCCAGACCCUCCUCAUCCCCGGUCCACAUCCAUCACCGAGCCACAGCAAGACUCUCAUCCGAUUCCUAGUCGGCGUGGCGGUACUGCAUUUGCUGCUGUCUGUCGGAGGAUUCAUCUAUCUGUACCACUAUGAAAAAACGGAGAGAUUUUACCCAGCUGAAGGAAAAGCUUCACUUCUAACAUCAGUUAAACAGGAAACUUCCUACAGAGCCUUGGCGCAUUUGGGGGUUGACCGGAAUACUGCAAAAACGCCUAAAUCUGGUUAUCUCCAGUGGGACAUGAGUAACUCAGCUCGCAAGAACAUCAACUACUCCUACAGCAGCUGGCUGACAGUGCUGCAAGCCGGGGACUACUACGUCUACUCCAGGGUGACCUUCUCCAAGAGCCACUCUGUCAGCCCCCUGUUCAGCAGAGUCAUGCUGAAGAAGAGCGAGAAGAAGGAAGAGGAGAUCUUGAUGAAGGCCUACUGCAACCUGGGCAGCCCCACUGAGAACCAGUCUGAGCCUCGGCAGUGCACGGCCACGCAGGGGAGGGUGGUCACGCUGGAGGAGGGAAACCAGCUCGGUGUCUGGAUAGAGAACCUUUCCUAUGUGGACUACGAUGGAACAGCCACAGCGUUUGGGAUGUACAGACUGUAGGAGCGUCCGGAGGAGCGAGGACACGGACCUGAGGGGAACUCAUUCAGUGGAUGGACCUGGAUAUAAAUCUACUGAGAACACUGCUGAAUACUGAGGCUUGAUGAACUCUGAUGACAGAGGAACAGUCCUCAACUAUAAUUUAUACAAAAUCCUUCUGUAUUUAUUCAAUUAAAUGAAGUUUAUAUUA